AUGGCUCAGUCAUUGUUCACUCUGUUCAUUACGAACCCAUUGCUCUAUCUUUUCUCGAUAUUCUAUGUCAUCUCUCAAAACUUCGUCGCCUGGAUCUUUGGACCCUCAAGGUCCGCGUCUAAUGCUUUCCACAAGGGCCUGCCGAAGAGGAGAAUCGCGAUCAUCGGUGCCGGCUUGACGGGUAUCUCAUCAGCGGCACAUUGUAUUGGCCAUGGCUUCGACGUGCAAAUCUUCGAGGCACGCGGGAAAGGGAAUGGAUUGGGCGGCAUUUGGAGUCGCGUCAACUCUACAUCCGCAUUGCAAAUCAACAGCAUCAUGUAUCGGUUCCACCCAACCGUGCAAUUCAAACACGCAUAUCCCACCCAACACGAAAUUCGCGACCAGAUCGUCGACCUGUGGAAACGAUACGGUUUAGAGGAGCGCACUGAAUUCGGAACACCGGUAACGUCCAUUAAAAAGGCAAAGUCGUCUGGCAAGUGGGUUAUCAACGGCCACCCAGAGAAAUACGGGAGCUUUGACGGCGUUAUCACAGCCGUUGGGGUUUGUGGAGAUCCUAAAAUGCCACCUUUGCCAGAUCAAGAUCAAUUUAACGGUACUAUCUGCCACUCGUCAGAUCUCGAUGGCAAAGACAUCAAAGGGAAAAGAGCUCUCAUCAUUGGAGGCGGUGCAAGCGCCAUUGAAGCAUUGGAAUUCGCAGUCCACUCGGGAGCCUCCGAGAUCGAUGUUCUCGCGCGAUCGGAUAAAUGGAUUAUACCACGCAAUAUCCUGGUACAGUCCUUGCUGGCCUGUAACAUCUGGGGAGAGGAGACUUCUCUUGCGUGGGUGCCCGAGUGGCUCCUUCGCAAGUUCUUCUAUCGCGACCUAAAGGACAUUGCCCCUGAGAGCGGCUUGUUUACCACGACUCCUAUGGCGAAUUCCGAUAUCUUCCGCCUCAUUCGAGAAGGCAAAGCACGUUGGCUACGUGGUGAUAUUGUGUCAGUGAAAGAGGACGGUAUUCUCUUCAACCACCGAUCGAGGGAUGUACCUAAGGGUGGACCUGGCCGUGAGAAGGUCGUUCCAGGCGAUAUCAUCAUUAUGGCUACUGGUUUCAAACGACCAUCGCUCUCGUUCCUUCCCGAUGAUUCCUUUGAGCAUGACUACUCCCCUCCUAACUGGUAUCUCCAAGUCUUCCCACCCAAGCAUCUCAGCAUCUGCGCCAACAACAGCACCUACGUCAACGCUAUCGGGACAGUCGGAAACAUCCAUAUCGGAAUUUAUACGCGGUUCUUGCUUAUGUUCCUGACUGAUCCGCUUACGCAGCCUACAGAGGGCCGAAUGAAGACCUGGAUAGACUUCACUCGCUGGAUGAAGCAAGGAGCACCGCCUGGAGCGUUCGAUUUCUUUACAUACACGGAGCUACUAUACUGGUUUGUGUUCCUCGUCGUGAUCAAUCCGUUCCGGUGGAAGUGGGCGCUCUUCAUUCUUUUCGGCAUUGGGCAAACGCUUCCAUUGGAGAUUGUUAGGGAAGAAGAGGCUUUCCGCAAGAAGCUGAAUUCUCAACAUGACUAG